GAUUCUACUAUUUGUCUAAUUUACCUCAUCUUAGUGACCGUUCAUCUGGGUCUGAGGGACCCUCGAGGACGGGGCUCAUCCUUUUUUUCUAUUUUAUUGAUUCAUUACCCCAUAAAACUAUGGGUUUCUGCUUACAUCGAUCUAGCUUGUCUGAGUACAGUGGAUGAAAAGAGCAAGUCCUCACUCCUCAGCUCCUGCGGUGACUUGAGCUCUGGCGGCUUAGCCUCGACCAAAAUUUAAUUUACCAGGAAGCACUGAGGAUUGUCUGAAAGAAAGCUGGGGAAAUCCCAAUUAUGAUUAUAAUUUUGAAGAGAACUCAGAGAACUCAGACAGGUCAUCGUCUGGUUCUAGCUUUUCUGAAGGGUAUUCCCGCCAGAAUCUUUCCACCAGAAGCAAGUUUAUUAAUGACACAAAACUCGAGGCUCGGCGAAUUCUUGAAAUUCUUUAUCAAGAUGGUCCAGGCUUUGAUGCAAAAACAGCUUUAGAUGAUCUACAAAUUAGGCUUUCGGGGCUUCUGGUGAGGGAGGUUCUUGCAGGGGUACUGGAAACCCUAAAUUUUGCGGAUAAGAGUAGGUGUGCGAAGAUGGGGUACAAGUUCUUUGUGUGGUCCGGUCAGAAUGAGAACUACUCUCACACAACAAACUCAUACCAUUUACUCAUGAAGAUUUUCGCAGAGUCGGGGGAGUUCAAGGCUAUGUGGAGGUUAGUGGACGAGAUGAUUGAGAGAGGUUACUCAAUUACGGCUCGCACAUUUUCCAUAUUGAUAUGUGCUUGCGGCGAGGCAGGAUUAGCCAGGGAAGUAGUCGAAAUGUUUAUUAAGUCUAAGAAAUUCAACUACAGGCCCUUCAAGCAUUCAUUUGAUGCGAUUUUACAUUCCCUUUUGACUGUGAAACAGUACAGGUUGAUUGAGUGGGUGUAUGAGCAGAUGCUGGCAGAAGGCCACUCAUCUGAUAUGUUAACAUAUAAUAUCAUCCUGUGUGCAAAGUACAGGCUGGGAAAACUGGAUCAGUUUCACAGGUUACUUGAUGAGAUGGGAAGGAACGGCUUUUCACCUGAUCUUCAUACAUUCAAUAUCCUUCUUCAUGCACUUGGCAAGUUGGACAAACCGCUAGCAGCUCUUAAUUUGUUAAAGCACAUGAAUGAAGUUGGUUGUUAUCCUAGCAUUCUUCAUUUUACAACUUUAAUUGAUGGGCUGUGUCGAGCAGGCAACUUGGAUGCAUGCAAAUAUUUUUUUGACAGGAUGAUAAAGCAAGGGAUAGAGCCUGAUGUUGUGUGUUACACUGUUAUGAUUACCGGAUAUGUCAUGUCUGGUGAAUUUAAUGAAGCUAAGGGAUUAUUCUCUGAGAUGAUUGCCAAGGGUCAGCUGCCGAAUGUAUUUACCUACAACUCCAUGAUCCGAGGGCUUUGCAUGGAGAAGAAAUUUGAGGAAGCUUGUAUGAUGUUGAAAGAAAUGGAAUCAAAGGGCCGCAAUCCAAACUUUCUCGUGUAUAGUACACUUGUUAACCACCUGCAGAAGGCUGGAAAGCUUUUAGAAGCUGAUCGUGUGUUGAGAUAUAUGGUGGAAAAGGGUAGCUACAUCGCACUUGUAUCAAAAAUCAGAAGAUAUAGAAGAUGCUAAAACAGAGGUGGCCUGUGCAAUGGGUCAUCCACCCUUAAAUUUUUGGGUGAAGAAAGUUUUGUUACAGGGAGCAUGAUACGAAUAUCGCUUUCCAUUUUGUCAUGCAUAUAUGUGAUAAGAAGUGAACCUCUUUUGUUUUCUAUUUAUGUUUCCUUUUGUAAUUAGUGUCGCGUGUACUCUUUAGAUAU